AUGCACUCGACGAGAACUAGGACGCGGUCUGGAUGUCUGCCAUGUCGCAGCCGUCGCAGGAAAUGUGAUGAAAGACGGCCACAGUGUCAACGCUGUGAAGCACGUGGAUACAUCUGUCAGUGGGGCCUGAAGGCCUCUUUUCAUCCCUCCCGUAGCCUCCGGUUAUCAACUCCCGAGAGGGCAGCCCUCCUAGCAAUCGAGAAGGGACGGCAAGAUCCCGCGACUGAUAUACAGAAUGAUGAUCCGAGGUCGUCGCUGGAGCCUUCCGCGCCCAUUAUAAUAGAUGAUACUGCAGAGGUAGUCAGGUAUUAUCGGGAGCCUUGCGAUGGUCUUUCACCGUGUGGCUCUGAUCCCCUACACGACGAGUCCCCGCUGCCUAAUGAGACAUGUCCGGGUAUCCCCCGGGCGGACCAUGUUCAACCCACGCUCAAUUUUGCCUCACAUGAUUCUGUCCGGGCGAACGCAAAUGCCAGAAGGUCGCCUGUUAACGAGGUCACUAUUGAAAGUUUGCUAUCCCCUACUCAGUCAGGUAGUAUAAGUGAUAUUGGUGAGAACAGGCUGCGACAAGGUGGUCCAGUACCAGUGCAGCAGCUGGGAGACAGUCCUAGUUCAUAUGCGCUGCCGUUUUCUUUAGGACUGGCUGCGUCUCGGAAUGCGUCAUGGUUGCCGGAGCCCUCGAUGCCCAUAACAAGCGAGGAAAGUGCCCGUUUGUUCUCGUUAUAUCUCUAUGAGACUGGGACUUGGUGUGAGACCACUGAUUCGGAGAGGCAUUUCACACUGAGCAGUGUCCACCAGAUGAUGGCUUCGAAAUCGUUCCUCGCAUCGGCUAUCGCAUUGGCAUCGCGACAACGGGAUGCCGUCCAGGACCAGCCAAGACCACUGACACUCGAGCUGUAUCAAUAUACAAUCCAACUCUUACUCCGUCAGGAUCCGGAUGAAGCAAGCGCAACCGUGUUGGCGACUUGCACUCUUCUUUGUGUCUACGAGAUGAUGGCGUCAUGCGUGUGGGAGUGGCGGCGUCACCUGAAGGGCUGCGCCAGUCUCUUGCAUUCUCGAAAAUGGAACGGUUCAUGUAGCGGCAUCGUAAAGGCCUGCUUUUGGGCCUUCGCUCGAAUCGACGUCUGGGCCGCCUUCAUUAGCGGCAAACGGCUUCUCAUUCCUACUGACUCGUGGGUCGAUAAUAGCUCCAUUCCGUUGGUAGCAGCCAAUGGCACGCUUGACGAUUAUUGCAACUUGGCAAUUCUCGUCUUUGCACGGAUCGUGAAUCUCCUAGCGGACGCCCAACUUAGCAAUAGGGAUAGCGAUCCUGCGUACUCUUCCGUCGGAAAACUCUGGGACGAACUUCAAGAGUGGUGGCGCCUGCGUCCCAAAGAAGCUUGUCCCCUACUCAGGGAGCCGUCGACGGCUACGAAUCCUUUUCCAACUGCGGUAUUUUCCCGGUCAUCUUCCAUUUGUGGUAAUACCUUUUAUCAUGCUGGCUCUAUUUUACUUCUUCAAUCUGGCUGCCUCAGGAGAAGAGUUGACGCGCCAGUCUCUGUAAUGGAUCCUGUCUGGCAUGCUCGUGAACUUGGCGGGAUCUCUGUUUCGAAUAUUUCACAGUAUGUGCCUCGCUGUUGCGCUCUGCGGAAAGAGCUGACCAGGUCCGCGGAAUACAGUCCUAACUGGGUCAAUCAAUUACAACCUCUUUAUAUUGCUGGCACGGCGUUUUCAGAAAAUCACGUGAGCUCCUUCCAAGACACAUCCGGACGUAACCAGUCCACGUGGAUUGGCUCUCACCUAGAGGUCCCUUGGGGCCGCCCGGUUCCUUCAGUGGCCGCAGAUAUGACCGAAAAGUAUGCCUCUGAGAAGAUCGCGCUUCUCAAGCAAUUGGCACGAAUUGAGUAUUGCCCAGCGAAUGACGAUUGGCCAAUGGCUCCCACUGCCGGAAGUGUUACAGGACUUUCUAAUCAAUACCACGUUACGAUGAUCUUGCUGGCUAGCAAGGGGGACAGCUAUUUGCAGAAGUAG